AUGCAGCGCUCUCUGGAAAUGGACUUAAAUUUAAGAAUUCCUCCCAAACUGACUGUGGUUCUUGAUGCAGAGACAGAUUCUGGAACAUAUUUAGAGGAUUGGUCACAAAUAGAAGAAGCAUUAGAAGACGUGCUAGAAAACGCAGAUAGAAUCGAUUUUAGCGCAUCUGCAGUAAGCGUAAUUCUGCAAGGAAUACUUUCACCAGACCCAAGAGAGAGAAAGAUGUACUUUGAGAUAGCAUCUAUUCUGGUAGAAAGAAGGAUGUUAGACAAAAGCCAUCUAAUAAACAUAUUGAUGGAAUAUCUCAUGGAUGAAAUUCCGCACUAUGGCAUAGAAUUAAUACUAAAUCUUCUCAACCAGAUAGGCGACAUACAGUCAGAAGAGAUUGCUGAGGUGUAUAUACCGCUGCUGACUAAGCCAUUGAAUAUAAAAAUAAGAAAAGAAAUUAUGUAUGGCAUAACUGCAGUAUACAUAUACACCACAGCAGACAUAAUACUAAGAAUUCUUCUUAAGCACUGCAGGCAGUUUGACUCAUUAAACAGCUUUGUUGCUGUUAUGAUUAUUGAGGGGUGUAUUAAGUCGCUGCAAGUUGUUUCAAAGGAAUCAUGCAGUAUGGUGGCAAGUAUAUUUUCUAUUUUGCUAGAAAAGGAGCUUCAAGCAACUACUAAAAAAGUGACAGAAUUAUUCUGUGACUGCACAUUUAUAUACAAAAUAUCUAAAAACAGCAAUGUAGUAAUUGAAGGACUAUUUAACACUGUAUACUAUCUCUCACAGAAAUAUUGGAAAAAGACAGAACGUGUGUGCGUUUGCCAAAUGCUAGAAAGUCUUUUUCGGUUGAAUAAUGCUUCAUUUGAUGAGUCAUUAAGAAGAUACAACCACAAGCGGUAUACGACGUAUUUGGUAAAAUCAGAUAAAUAA